AGAAAAUGGCCGCUGCGCCGAGCGGAGAGGAGAGACUGGAAGAAAAAUCUGAGGAUCAAGAUCUUCAAGGACAAAAAGAUAAACCACCAAAACUCAGGAAAGUAAAAAAAGACAAGAAGGAUGAGGAAGAAAAGCAGGAACCAUUUCAUUCCUCUGAGCAUCAGCCCGGAGAACCUGCAGAUGAAGGGAAAGCUGAUAUGUCUGAAAGUGCUGAGGAAAACCUUGCUGUUCCUGAAUCUUCUGCCUCUCCCAAACAGAGGCGGUCUGUUAUUAGAGACAGGGGUCCCAUGUACGAAGACCCCACUCUUCCUGAAGGCUGGACACGAAAACUCAAGCAAAGAAAAUCUGGUCGUUCUGCUGGAAAAUUUGAUGUAUAUUUAAUCAACCCUAAUGGAAAAGCUUUUCGGUCCAAAGUUGAGCUUAUAGCAUACUUCCAAAAGGUAGGGGACACAUCUCUAGACCCUAAUGAUUUUGACUUCACUGUAACUGGGAGAGGGAGCCCGUCUCGAAGGGAACAGAAGCAACCGAAAAAGCCUAAAGCUCCAAAAUCUUCUGUAUCAGGGAGAGGAAGAGGAAGACCUAAAGGAAGUAUAAAAAAAGUUAAGCCACCUGUAAAAUCUGAAGGAGUACAAGUCAAAAGGGUGAUAGAGAAGAGUCCGGGAAAACUUUUGGUUAAAAUGCCUUAUUCUGGAACUAAAGAGGCAUCAGAUGCAACAACGUCACAACAGGUUUUGGUCAUUAAAAGAGGCGGUCGUAAAAGAAAAUCAGAAACUGAUCCAUCUGCAGCUCCUAAAAAAAGGGGGAGAAAGCCAAGCAACGUGAGCUUGGCUGCUGCAGCAGCAGAAGCAGCAAAGAAAAAAGCAAUCAAAGAGUCUUCCAUCAAGCCUCUUUUAGAGACUGUGUUACCAAUAAAGAAACGCAAGACCAGGGAGACUAUCAGUGUAGAUGUAAAAGAUACAAUAAAACCAGAGCCUCUUACACCUGUUAUAGAAAAAGUCAUGAAAGGACAAAACCCUGCAAAAAGUCCAGAAAGCAGAAGCACAGAGGGUAGCCCAAAAAUUAAAACUGGCUUGCCGAAAAAAGAGCUGCAGCAGCACCAUCAUCAUCAUCACCACCACCAUCACCAUCAUCACUCCGAAUCUAAGGCAUCUGCCACCAGUCCAGAGCCAGAGACUUCAAAGGACAACAUUGGGGUUCAGGAGCCCCAGGACUUAAGUGUCAAAAUGUGUAAAGAGGAGAAGCUACCAGAAAGUGAUGGCUGUGCUCAGGAGCCAGCCAAGACUCAGCCUGCUGAUAAAUGUAGAAACCGAGCAGAAGGUGAAAGAAAAGACAUUGUUUCAUCUGUCCCUAGACCAACAAGAGAAGAGCCCGUGGACACCAGAACAACGGUGACAGAAAGAGUUAGCUGACUUUAAAAGGAUUAGCAAAAACAGUUAAAAAUUAACUAAGGCAGCUCUGGUCUCUUCUUUGUGUGGGUAGGGCUCUGACAAGGCUUCCCUAUAAAUGAAGUAAAGAAAAAAA